AUGAAACGACUUUUGUACAUCUCUACUGCUUUUCUGAUACCCCUCGUACAUGGGUGGACUUUUCUGUACACGAAUUCCUCCGGCCAAUCGACAAUUCUGGAAGAAACCGGCAAAUUGAACUGCACCAAAAUUCAACUAGCAGAAGACAAGUUGUUUACUUGGGAUCCCAAGAAGAGAGAUCUCUGUAUCUCGAUAUACUACGAUGAAUCCUGCGAUAACAGAGGAGGAAUUUCAUGUCCCUUUUGGAAGAAGAACGCAAGCACCAAUUUUGGUAGCAUCGCCGUUUUCACAAAUAAUGAAGCCGCAAGUGCCUCAGUAUCGACCAUGACCAUGACAUCAACAGCCUCAACUUCCAGCAGCAGUUCCAGCUCCACCACCGAUUUAUCCAAUUCCACUACUUCUGUCGUCUCUUUCACCUCUCCCGUUACCCCGACCUCAUCAACCGCCGCACCUGCAGCUGCAAGCGAUGGGACAAGUUCAACGAAAUCUGAUUCUGGCUUAUCGGGAGGCGCCAUAGCUGGUAUUGUGAUUGGCGCUAUUGCCGGUGUCCUAAUAAUUGCUGCGUUGUCCUUUUUCUUCCGUCGAAGGAAUCGAAAGAACGCCACUCUGGCAAACCAGCAAAGUGGCUCUAUGCCUCAAGCUCCGUAUGGCCGUCCGAUUCCGGGUACAGCGACAUCUUUCGCGGCUACAUCACCCUCCACAACCCAUCCUGCUGAAAAGGAGUCCUUUUCGUCGAGCGGUAUCCCAACCCGCCCCCCGCCUGGGUCUACUAUGUCUGAAUUAUCUGGGCACACUCGACCGGUUGAGUUGGUUAAUACUCCGAUCAGUGAGCUGGAUGCCCAACCACAACAAAAGAUAUCUUAUCCUCGACCGCUGAACUGA